AUGUGGAGCUCGAUCGAAAAUUUGAAGCAGAACCUGAACAAGAUUGCACUCGAUGUGCAUGACGAUGAGGACGAGGAGCUCGAGAUCUACGGUUUUGGUAAUGGUGAUGAUCAGUCGGUAUCUGGUCGCAGGAACUCCCACAGUUCCGCGCAUGCGAAAUCGGUUUCCCCGUCUCCCGUUGCCAACGGCGUUGAUUCGCCCAACAACUCUCAGAUUGAACAGUACAGAUCAGAGAUUAGAAAGCUCCAAGAAUCUGAAGCAGAAAUCAAAGCGUUGUCGGUCAAUUAUGCCGCUCUUUUAAAAGAGAAAGAGGAUCAAAUUUCCAGGUUGAACCAAGAAAAAGGCUUACUGAAGAAAAAUUUGGAUGCAACAAAGGAAGCCUUGAACUCAUCUAGAACUGAAAUUUCGGGAACAUCAUCAUCUAGCUCUAAUGGAAUAAAGCGAAGUGGUGAACAAUCGCCCAAAAGACCCAACAAAUUUUCACCAAAGGAAAAAAAUCGUUAUUCCAGUUAUCCUCAUAACGGGGGUUCCUCAAAACAGGAGGUAGUAAGCAAUGGGAUAGCACAUGGUCACUCUGACAAUGGACAAAACAAAUUCGAAUUAAAAAGUUCUUCAGGGAAGGAGAAGGAGCUUGCAGAUUUGCUGGAGGAGAAAAAUAAGUCCAUGGAAGCUAUGCAAGCUAGUCAUGACCUGAAAAUAAAACAGCUAACUUUGGAACUCGAGAAAGAAAGAGGAAAAUCGGCAAAUGUACAGCAAAACCUGCAAGAGGAACACAAGUUGAAUGAAUCUUUUCAGGAGGAGUUUAGGAUGCUAAAAUUGGAGAAGCACAGAGCCACCAUGGAGUUGAACAGACUGCAAACUGAGUUAAAUGGAAAGUUAUCCGAGAUAAGUCGACUGCAGAUGGAGUUAACUCGACGGGGAGAUGAAAAUGCAGAUGAAGAAGCAGAGAGUUUAAGGAGAACUGUUGAAGAUCUAAAAAGAGAAAACAUCGCCCUAAAGGCAGCGAAGGAGGAAGUCGAAGCUGCUUUGGAAAAGAGCAUGACUUCUUCAGAGGAGAGGAUUGCAUCAGAUGGGAAAGUAAAUUUAUCUGGUAGUUUCCCUGGGAAGAAGGAACUCGAAGCCUCACUGCUGAAGUUGGAGAGUGAUCUCAGGGAGGCACACAGUGACAAGGAAAGAGCCUUACAAGAGUUGAAUCGUCUUAAGCAACAUUUACUAGAAAAGGAGUCGGAAGAAUCUGAGAAAAUGGAUCAAGACAGUCAAAUUAUAGAUGAGCUUCGUCAGAAUAAUGAGUAUCAGAAGGCUCAGAUAUCGCAUCUGGAGAAAGCUCUCAAACAAACAAUUGCAAAUCAGGAUGAUAUCAGGACAAGAAACAACAAUGAAGUGUUGAAGUCCAGGGAAAUUAUUGAGGAUUUGAACAGAAAAUUGGCAGAAUACACGAGCAUAAUAGAAUCUAAGAAUGUGGAACUUCUAAAUCUACAAACUGCCCUUGGACAGUACUUUGCUGAAACUGAAGCCAAGGAACAUUUUGAGCGACAAUUGGCUUUAACAAGAGAAGAAUUAGCAAAGCUUUCAGCCGUUCUAAAAGAUGCCGAACAAGGAUCUGAGGCUUUAAAGAAGGAGAAGGAAGACAUUAUAGUUAGACUUUCAAGCACUGAAAAGAAGCUAGAGGAGGGAAGAAACAGGGUAAAUAAGCUUGAGGAGGAUAAUGCAAAACUACGCCGCGCAGUUGAACAGAGCAUGACCAGACUUAGCAGAAUGUCCAUGGAUUCAGAUUUUCUAGUUGACAGGCGAAUCGUAAUCAAAUUGCUGGUGACUUACUUCCAGAGGAACCACAGCAAAGAGGUCCUUGAUCUUAUGGUCCGCAUGCUAGGGUUCUCUGACGAAGACAGGCAAAGAAUUGGUGUGGCCCAGCAAGGUGGAAAAGGGGUUGUUCGUGGAGUUCUCGGACUACCUGGUCGCCUAGUUGGUGGAAUUCUCGGAGGAGGAUCGGCUGAUGCACAAGCCAAGGCGGCCCCUGAAAACCAUUCCUUUGCAGAUCUAUGGGUCGACUUUCUUCUCAAGGAGACCGAGGAGCGGGAGAGGAGGGAGUCUGCUGCAGAUGCAGGAGAGGGUAGCCCGACGGUUGUUGCAGGGUCUAGCCCAUCUUCUAACGAUCAUAGAACGAGCACUACAGGCAAUCAAGUGUCGGGUUUUGGCAGACCGAAUUUCUCUUCGAACUCCAGUCCUCUGCCAUCUCAAGGCAAUUUCGGACGCUACGAACAGUCUUCGGAUUCCGAGUUUUCUACAGUUCCCUUGACAUCCUUUGAUAGCAACCCUCGCCUUCCUAGAUUUGCCCAGAAACAUUGA